CAAAUACUUUUCGGUCAAACAAAAGGACGAAUGCGAAUACAAAUUCCUUUGAAUCUGUGUGCGUGUACGUGUUGCACAGAGCUCCAGCUCAAACAACGCGAGUAUCGGAAAGCGAACUUUAAAAUCAGACAACAGUGCGACAAGCCGUAGAGGACAGGCCGUAACAGAAAGGCCCAGCUCAGCUCAACACAGCACAUCACAGCAAAGAACAGAGCAGCACAGUACAGCACAGAGUAGAACAGAAUGAACCGAAGCAGAGGAAAAGAGAGGAGAACAGGGCAGGAGCAAAUAUUUCGUACUUGCAUAAAUCAAAACAAAACACACAAUAAAUUGCAAUAAUUGGAUUAUGAAUUUAAUGAACUCUAAAUGGGAUUGCAAUUAUUCAACGGAAACUCAAGCAAGGGAGUGGUCAAAUAAUAAUGGAUGCUAGGAAAACGGCAACAAAACAAGUAUAAUAACAAUAGCAGCUACAAACAACAACAACAACAACGACUAACUGCAGUCAACAAUGUGGAAAUGAUAAUUGCAAUUGCCUGCGCAUAGAAGCAAAGCAAAGCAAAGCGGGUGAAGAAAGUUGAAGAGCAGCAAACAAAACAGAAAAAAAAGCCAAGGAAAAUUCAAAAAGAAAAAAAGAAAGAAAGAAGUUUGCGGAGCAAACAAAAGAAAAACGCUUGCACAAAAAAACGGAAGCCUAGCGAAACAAGUUAAAAAGAAAAGCAAACAAUAACAGCUUCAACUACAACAUCAACAUCGAAAAAAAUAGAGACGAAAAGUAAUUAAAGCUCUUGAUACAAACGCGAUGGUGUUUUACAAUAUGUAAAUAUAAUUAGCCGAGCGGAGUUUUCAUUCCUGGAAUUCGCCUUCGCCAUUGCCAAGUGACUGCGGCAAAUACAAAAAAGAAAAUACAAAUACAACAGUAACAACAAAACGCAACACGCCAACAGCAACUUCAGACUUUAGUUUGAGCCGGUUUUAUAAUUACUCCACUCCACUCCACUCCACUCCACUCCAGUUGGAUUCAGCUGCACCUCAUCCCAUCCCUCUGCCACUUCACCUCACUUGACUUCACUUCAGUGGCCCAAAGCUCAGCCCCGAGGCUGAGGCCUAGGAGGAGGCGCAGGCGCGGCCAUUGCAACUGCAACUUGCAACUGGCAACUGCUGCAAAGUGCUGUAAACGAUUCCAAAAGCAGCAACUGCAACAACUACAACAACAACAGUGAACAGCCAACGGCAAUUGGAAUAGCAAUUGCUUGGGAUUGUGCUGAAGGCGCUGCAAUUUCCAUCAGCGAUCAUUGUGCAAAAUUUUGUGGAAAAGCUGACGAGAAAAACUGUGAUUACUGUGCAACUUAAUACAUAAAUACUUAGUUUGUGUUUGUGCAACUCUCUGUGUGUGUGCGUGCGUGUCUUAGUGUAUCUGUGCUUUAAACGACACACUUUGCGAAUUGAGUGCGACUGCAACUUGCAACUGCAACUGCAACUGCAACUGCGACGAUGGCAGUGUCCUGCCCAGAAGUUAUGUACGGUGCCUAUUAUCCAUAUCUGUAUGGGCGCGCAGGACCAAGUCGUUCAUUUUAUCAAUAUGAGAGGUUCAACCAGGAUCUGUACUCGUCCUCGGGCGUGCAGCUGGCCGCCUCAUCGAGCGCCUCCGGCAGCUCCCACUCCCCCUGCAGCCCCAUCCUGCCGCCCUCGGUGAGCGCCAAUGCUGCCGCCGCCGCCGUUGCCGCCGCUCACAACUCUGCGGCAGCUGCCGUUGCCGCGGUAGCGAAUCAAGCCUCCACCUCUGGCCUCCAACUGGGCGCUGUUGGCGUUGGCGGUGUUGGCGUCGGCAGUGGCCCGGCCAGCGGAUUGCUGGGCAGCCAGGUGCCUGGUGGCAGCAGUGCGGCCAGUGGAGGUCUGGGCAUGAGCCCUGUGCUAAGCGGGGCAGGCGUUGGAGCCGGACAUGGCAUCCACAGUCGGACGCAUCAAACCAAAGAAGAGGAUCUCAUCGUGCCGCGCAGCGAAGCUGAAGCACGCCUGGUGGGCUCCCAACAGCAUCAUCACAACGAAUCAUCCUGCUCCUCCGGUCCGGACUCACCGCGUCAUCCGCACUCUCACCCGCACUCGCUACAUGGCACAGCUGGUGCGCCCUCAGCGGGCGUCUCCUCAGCCACUGGCGCCAUGUCCAAGGAGCUGCCACUGGACACCAGCAGCAGCAGUGGCGGUGGAGGCGGAGGCGGUGGUGGCGGUGGCAUCGGUGUCGGUGGCGGUGGCGCCAGCAGUCAAGGACAUGCACAGUAUCUAUCGGCCACCUGCGUUGUAUUCACCAAUUAUUCGGGAGACACGGCCAGCGUGGUCGACGAGCAUUUCUCCCGAGCGCUAAACUACAGCAACAAGGAUACAAAAGAUAGCAGCAGCCCGAUGUCGAGUCGCAACUUCCCACCAUCGUUCUGGAACAGCAAUUACGUGCAUCCCAUACCCGCCCCCACACAUCCACAGGUUAGCGACUUGUACGGCACAGCGACGGACACCGGCUACGCCACCGAUCCCUGGGUGCCUCACGCAGCAGCCGCUCACUAUGGUUCCUACGCGCACGCGGCGCAUGCGCAUGCGGCCCACGCGCAUGCCUACCACCACAACAUGGCCCAAUACGGCAGCCUGCUGCGUCUGCCGCAGCAGUACAGCCACGGUUCCAGACUCCAUCAUGACCAGCAGACAGCCCAUGCCCUGGAGAGUGCGGCGGCCUACUCGAGUUACCCGACAAUGGCAGGACUGGAAGCACAAGUGCAGGAAUCGUCAAAGGAUCUGUACUGGUUCUAGGAGUGCUCGAGCAGCAGCUCUCCUCUCGUGUUAUCCCACAACGCCGGCUGGGCCAGCUGGAGCGGGGGGAAUUUUCGUUGAAGUUGUACUAUAGCACACACUAUGUGAAGGGAAAAGCGACACUCAAAGCAGAAAAAAAUAAACAAAUAAAUCACAACCAAGCAAACAGGAAGCAACAACAAGCAAGAUGAAGCCCAACAAUAAACGCUAACUUUAAGUAAAAUUUAAUAAAUGUGCAAAAUAGCAAAGGAAGAACCCCAAGAAAAUCCCCUGGAAAAGGAAGGAAAAUCAACACACACAAACACACACAUUUUGAGAAUGUUGCAGAGAAUUGAGAGAAAUUUGUUUGUAAUUAAAGUGAGUCUGUGAGGUUUAAAUUUAAACUUAAAUUUAUAUAUACAUCUAUAUAUAUAUACUUUUACUCUUAAAUAUUGUAAACAAUUCGCGUAUUAAACAAUUGUGUAAUUUUUUGUAUUGUAAACCCCAUAAGUUUAGCAUCCCAUAUCAGCAAGUUAUAGACACGCCUACAUAUAUAUAAAUAAAAUGAAUUACUAUAUACUACACAUCCAAGCAUACAUAUUAUACAAAAACAAAAUACAAAAUACAAAUGCAAAUAAAUUUAAAUUUAAAUCGAUAUAUAUAUAUACAAAUACAUACAUAAAUAUAUUAAAUAUAUAUAUGCAUAUGUUAUGCAUAAUCUGCGUUAGAGUUUUUGGGUAACAAUUUACUAAAGCGAUAAUAAGUCUAACACUAAAGAUAAUAAUCAAACAUUUCUUGUAUAGUUAACGACUUGGACAUGAACAUAAUAUAACAUAACAAAAUAAUGUGUAUUUGAAAGCUAGAAUUUAUUUUGUUUAAAUAUAUCUUCAAUUUUGAAUUUGAAUUUCAACAAAUUAGGUUAUACAAAUUGAAUGCGACAAAACAAAUAAAAACAAACAAAUCUAAAAAACGAAAAAAAACGAAAGUAAAAUAA